UGCGAGGUUCCUUUAAUAAGAGCGACCAGUCCGGCUCCGAGAGUCAUGGCGACCGCAGCGUCUAACCACUACAACAUCCUCACCUCCAGCGCAUCCAUCGUGCACUCGGAGCCCGGCAGCAUGCAGCAAGCCACGGCGUACCGGGACGCGCAGAGCCUGUUGCAGAGCGACUACCCGCUGCAGAGCAACAGCCACACGCUCAGCCACGCACACCAGUGGAUCACGGCGCUGUCCCACGGAGAGGGAGCCCCGUGGUCCUCCAGCCCGCUCGGCGCGGAGCAGGACAUCAAACCCGCGGUGCAGGGCGCCCGGGACGAGAUGCACAACUCCAGCAGCAACCUGCAGCACCAGUCACGGCCGCCCCACCUGGUGCACCAGACGCACGGGAACCACCACGACGGCCGGGCGUGGAGAACAACCACCGCGGCGCACAUACCGAGCAUGGCCACGACGAACGGCCAAAGCCUUAUUUACUCCCAGCCGGGCUUCGGCGUCAACGGGCUGAUCCCGGGCAGCGGGCAGGGGAUGCACCACCACAACCUAAGAGACAGUCAUGACGACCACCACAGCCCGCACCUCAGCGACCACGGUCACCCUCCGUCCCAGCAUCAGCACCAGCACCGGCCGCAGAGCCACCACGACCACUCGGACGAGGAUACGCCGACCUCGGACGACCUGGAGCAGUUCGCCAAGCAGUUCAAACAGCGGAGGAUCAAGCUGGGCUUCACGCAGGCGGACGUGGGACUCGCCCUGGGGACCCUGUACGGAAAUGUGUUUUCCCAAACCACCAUAUGCAGGUUUGAGGCCCUGCAGCUCAGCUUCAAAAACAUGUGCAAGCUGAAGCCUCUGUUGAACAAGUGGUUGGAGGAGGCGGACUCCACCUCGGGCAGCCCGACCAGCCUGGACAAAAUCGCGGCGCAGGGGAGGAAAAGGAAAAAACGGACUUCAAUCGAGGUAAGCGUAAAGGGAGCUUUGGAGAGCCAUUUUUUGAAGUGCCCAAAACCGGCCGCGUCGGAAAUAAUCGGCCUGGCGGACAGUCUGCACCUGGAGAAAGAAGUGGUGAGGGUUUGGUUUUGUAACAGGAGACAGAAGGAGAAACGAAUGACCCCUCCCGGAGGAGCUCUGCCGGGGAGCGAGGAUGUGUACGGGGACACGCCGCCGCACCACGGGGUCCAGACCCCGGUCCAAUGAACUCUGCUGGACCGCUCCUCCAGGACAUGUUUAUCCUUUUUAUUUAUCCCCAAGGUUAUAUAUAAAUCACUAAACUAUGAGACGCUAUAGUGGGUGUUUUAUGUAUAAUAGAUUGCAGUGAGUACUGACACAAUAUCUGCAGAGAAUAUCUGAGAAAUGGAAAAUGAGUAAGGGGAGGACAGGACAUUUUUCCCUCUCCCAGAGCUAAAGGAACAUAAGCCUGUGUUGUGUUCUCCGAGGAUACAUGCCCAGCACUGUGACUCCAGUCGACGCAGUUUCAAGGUGUAGCCCCUAUUGUGUAUUGAAAUUAUACUUGACGACAAAAAAGAGGGAGGGGAGGAGGGAUAGAUACCUGGUUUUAGACGAAAAAGCAUAGCUGAAUGGUUUCCAUUCGUCUCUUUUAUAUCAAAUCACAAUUUUUUUCCUGUGCGUAAAAGGGAAAACAAAUACAAAGGCGUUUAGUUUUGUAGCCCUAAAUUGUGCGUCCAGCAGUGAUGGGUGUGUGGGUGGGUGGUGCAAAGAGGGGGUCAAAGGAGCUGCGUUAAUGGAGUAAACUGGAGGCCAGUAAAGGCUGCAGCCCCAGUCCAGUGGAGUCCAGCUGAGGGUGAGCAUCGCCUGAGUCCCAUCUGUCAGCCAGGCUGCACAGAGCCGCGCUGCUGGGAAACUGCAGGCCAGUCAGCUCGUAUUUAUUCUGUGAGGACAGAGGUCAGGAUUUAGUUAUAAACACAGAUUAUUAUUAUUAUUAUUAUUAUUAUUAUUAUUAUUAUUAUUAUUAUUAUUAUUUGUGCAGCUCACUGGCUAAACUCUCCAAUAAUUGGCGUGAGUGCAGUGCUGUGGUAAAUAAAAAGUGUAUGACCUCUAUCAUAAGUCAAACAGCAUUCUAAACAAAAAGCUCCAUUCUAUUUUUCAGUAAUAUUUCUCCUCCCUUAGAGAGUCUCCCAGCUUCAGGAAGGGCUCCGUGGCGAAUUAUUGGAUUAUCUGGCACUUUUUUCCACACCAGGAUGGGCUACAGAUAUAUAGAUAUCUACACAAAUAUAUGUCACCAACUCUCACAGAAUAUUUGGAUCCACUUUUGUAAAUAUUGUAUAACUUUAAAAGUCAUGGCUUCAUCCCUUUUUUUCUUUCUUCACUGGGGCACUUUUUUGGAUUGAUGUUUUUUCAAAAACAAAACGGUUGAGUUUUCAAAAUCCAGUGUCAUUCAUAGCCUACCUACUGCCUUGUAUUUGUGUGCUAUUUAACGUUCAUUUUGUUGCCGAAAUUCUGCUCGUUUACGGUUUAAUAUUUUUUUGUGGCGCAUUUUAUUUCCAGUCUCAAGAUAUUUUUUUUUAGUAAUGUGAAAUCAAUUUAAUUUGUUUAAAUUGUCUAAGGAGUUCUGUUUUGCCAUUUUAUGUCCGCUCUGAAAUUACAUUAGAUUGUGUUUCCAAGCAAAAUAUAGUGCUUUGAGGACUGAAUUGAGAUGAAUCGAUAAUACUAUUGUAGAGAAUUGUCCACGAUGAAUGAGAGUAGAGAGGAUCAAAACGGAGAUAAGCAUAAUGAUUAGUGUUUGAAAAGAAAAAUAAUAAUAAGGCCUUUAGUUUUCCUCCCAGAAUACAUUUUAGUGACAUUCCAAAAACUGCAGCAUAUGAUCAAAAUUAUUAUUAUUAUUAUUAUUAUUAUUAUUAUUAUUAUUAUUAUUAUUAUUCACAAGGUGUUUUUUAAUUUGUUUGUGAGGUCGUUGCCAUGCAUUUCAUUUCAGCCAUUUUGUUCAUCUUCGUCUAUGUUGCUUUAUUACGUGGGGGGAAACUGCUCGUAGACAUUUAAUUUUAUUUUUUAGUAUUGUUAAUGAGAUUGUAAUUUAUUAUACAAUGGCUUUUAUAGAUGACACAAAGUGCGAGAUAUAUAUGAAAUGACACCGGAAAUGCUUUUGUUUUGUAGGGAACAAGAGAGACUUAUUUUUUAUUUGUAUUUUUUUCUUCAGCGGGAUUGCCACAGCCUCAAACCGUCACAGCUAAAUGUAUAUACAUCUUUUCUCCGUACAGUAGCUUCGCUUUUGGUUUUUUAUGCAAAAACAGAUAUCCAGGGACUUGUUUUUUCUUUUUCCUCUCAUGUGGAAACAGCUUUUGAUUUAUGUUCCUCCUGCAGAAAACAACAAGCAGAAACGAUCUUGGCAUUGAAAUCUUUCCUCAGUAGCUUUAAUGAAUCGAUCCAACUCAUAAUUCACUGGAAAUUCAAGUUGUGGGAUGUAGACCUGUAGCAAUCCGACGCUGUUUUCUUCUUGUUUUUUGUUCACUUGCUUGUUAAACCAGUCUAUUGUUUUUGGGGGGAUAAAGGCUAUGUCAUAUUCACUGGAUGAACCUGGGGUAGAUAAAGCAGAGGUGAUGAACGCCUGUAGGUGUUUCUUCACUUGACACACGAACAACGGACUUGCACAUUUUUAAAUAAUGGGGUUGAUAUUAAACAGCUUUUUUCCAACGUC